AUGCUGGUGAUUUUUAUUCCUUCCUUUGCAGGCGCAGUACGCCUCGGACACGCGUGCCGGGCACUCCGAGCGAAGCUACAGCCGAGAUCUGCUGGGAGCGAGAGCUUGAGGUGUCCUGUGUGGUCGGUGACUGCCGCAGCACAGAGGUGCAGCUUCCCGGAUCAGUUGCUGCAAGUUCUUGCAACACAAACUGUCAUCGCAGAGCUUCGCAGUUAUAGCAGGCUUUGGCUCCGCUGCGCGGCAACGCCACUCUCGUCCUCGACAAGGCAGGCUCCAGGAGUCGAAGCCCUUUUGGCGCGCUUUGGCAGCAGCCCAUGUCCUCAGGGCACGGUGGACGCGCUGCACCACUCCUCGGAGAAGGCUCUCCUGGCUGCCAGGGUACAGAUGCUGAAGGCAGCUGCAUCACUUCUCCAGCCGGACGGGAUCAUCCUUUCGAUAUCCUUCGCGACGGCCACGCAAGUGCUGCUUUUGCGAAGAUUUGCUGAAGACCUUGGCUUGAGACUGCUUCAGCGGACCGUCAAAGUUCGCGGUGAGGUCCGCUUGGUGUCACUUCUGGGAGGGCCGUGCUCCGAGUUUCAUGCCUUCGAGUCGUUUCUCUUCCUCGCUACUUGGUCCCUGCGGGCGACAGGUGGGAUGCCGCUGCCGAUGCCGGUGAUGAGCCCAGAGCUGAGAGAGGAGAACCAAGCUCCGCCCCUCACCCCAAGUUCAUCCAACACGGGACAAAUUGUGGCUGCCUUUGGGCUCAAGCCACGUUGGUCUAAGCUCUACACCUGCUUCGCAAGCAAGACUUCCUUGAGAAGUUUACUGAAACCCCUUCGAAAAAUGGCGGCUCAGGACGCUCCUUCCCAGGCCCUGUUGGAGAGUGGCGACGCGGCUUCCUAUGGUGCAGCGGGCAGCGCCGGAAAGAAGAUUUGGUCUUGGAAGUUCGGCUCACCCUUUGCUGCUUUCUCUGGAUGGACUUUGAGCGCACCUUUGGUCGCAGAGUGCUUCGGCACGCUUUGCCUCGUCUUCACGGUGGGCUGUUUGGUGACGGGACCUGCGCCACAAGCAUGGGUGCCCACAUCCAUUGCCUUUGUUCUCAUGGUCAUGAUCUACGCGACGGGCGCCAUCUCCGGGGGAAAUCUGAACCCGGCGGUGUCGCUGUCGCUGGCGAUUUGCGGGAAGAUGCCAUGGAGCAAGAUGAUGACCUACUGGAUGGUCCAGCUAGUCGGAGGCUUCAUUGGUUCGGCUCUCUUCCGCCUGGUCUGCUCCCCCGGAUACGUCGUAGUCGCACCUAUCAAGCCCUUCGGCGCUGGCUCCUGCUUUUCUGCAGAGCUCAUCUACACCACUCUCUUGUGCUUCACGGUGCUCAGCUGUGCCGCAUCCCGCCGAAACAAUCCCAAGGACGACCCUAAUCAGUUCUACGCCUUAGCCAUUGGCUUCACCAUCAUUGCCGGUGGCCACGCUGUAGGAGGUGUGUCUGGUGCAGCACUCAACCCGGCCGUGGCACUGAGCUUGGGAUCCACGAGUGGCAAAGAGCUUCAUUGGCCUUGGCUUUGGUCCACCGCCGAACUCUUGGGAGGCGCGGUGGCUGCGGGACUCUUCCGCUUGCUUCGCCGGGAGGAGUUCGCAGAAGAUGCCACGGAGGAGGGCCUUGCAAAGCACGAAGCCGGGCUUGGCACCCGGUGUGGGGCAGAGCUGCUGGGAGCCUUCGUGCUAACCUUGACGGUGGGCUUGAACUUGGUGGCCAAGUCUCCUGCCACCGCCUUCUCUGCGGCUGCGGCGCUUACCUGCAUGAUCUACUCCCUGGGCAACAUCUCUGGCGCCCACCUCAAUCCCGCCGUCACCAUGGCCGUGUCUUUGCGUGGAAAGUGCACCGCACGUGAUGCUGCCUGCUACAUGCUUUGCCAGCUCUUUGGCGGCCUGCUGGCUGGGAUUGCCUCUGCUUUCUUUCAUAUCAGCUCUGGGCAGGCCAAGAUGUCCAUCUGGCUUCAGCCGGGGAAGCACUACCAGGUAUGGCAAGCAUGCAUGGCAGAGGCACUCUUCACCAUGAUCUUGGCGUAUGUGGUGCUGACCGUGGCCACCACAGACAUCCCGGCAGAGUGGAAAACGAAACAGAAUGCCUACUUUGGCCUUGCAAUCGGCGCCUGUGUGACGGUCGGCGGCUUUGCAUCGUCUGCCAUCUCCGGCGGUGAGCUCAAUCCGGCUGUGUCUUUGGGCAUCUACACGGGCAACCUGGUGAAUCCGGGGCACGCAGGGGUCGGCCCAAUCUCGCAUCUUCUCCUCUUCAUGCUCUCCGAGGUGCUCGGUGGUGCCCUGGCUGCUGGCGUCUUCCGUCUCACCCACGGCAGUCUUUCCAGAAACGCCGAGGCGGAGGCAAAGGACGCAGAAGCGCCGAGCUCAGAGCCUCAGAAGCCUCCGGCGGGCGACGAGGAGCUGACCCGUCAAGAGCUGGACAAACUUCUCUACAGCGGCCCCCUGCGCAGUGAGCCCCGGGUCGUCUUCGAGAAUCCUGCCCUGGCAGCACCCAUCACCGUCGAACAGGAGGUGGAGAAAGACCGAAGUGGCGAAGAUUCCACAGGCUGCAUCGUUUGGCCUUCGGCCCACUCGAUGUGCGCGCACUUGUGUGCCCAUCCGGAGCUGGUGCGCGGCAAGCGGGUCGUGGAACUAGGUGCCGGCACUGGACUCGUCGGUUUGGUUUGCGCUGCUCUGGGUGCCUCAGAAGUGGUACUGACAGAUCUGUCACAGGGGCUCCCACUUUUAAAGCGGAAUGUGCAGCUGAACUUGGCCGCACUCGGCGAUGGUGGACAUACCACCUCCGUAGCUGAAUUGAAGUGGGGCCGAGAGGCUUCUGUGCAAGUGGCGCCCACGGGCUGUGACAUCGUGAUUGGGUGUGAAGUCAUCUACCAGCAUGACGACGAAACGGCUGUUGCCUUGGUGGAGACCAUGCGGCAUUUGGCUGGCAAGGAUGGCUUUUGCCUGAUGGCAUACGAGUUUCGAGACGGACUGAUGCAGGCCUUUGGACCCCGAGCUCGUUGCAGCACUAAUUUGCGCAGCUUUAGAAUAGGGCAAUCUCGCCGUCCUGUUGAUUUUUUGUGGCUUAGUGUUACUAGUGUCAUAUUGAACUGCAUCACCUAUUUUGCCAUCGCUGCAUUUUCGGCUGGAUCUGGUCGCAGCCCGGUGCAGCUUCUCUUUUGA